AUGCGCGCAGCUUUGAUGAUUUACUCCCGUUUUAUGACUCCUCUCUUUGCAUAUCAGCGGUCUCCAUCCCCAGCAACAGCAGCAGCAGCAGCGGCGGCAGUAGCAGCAGCAGCAACAGCAGCAACAGCGCAUGGGUGCUCGGUGUGCAAAGAUGCAACAGCAGCAGCAGCCAACUGCUCCUCUCCCUUUGAGUAUUUUGACGCUGCUGUUGGGGCUCCACAAAUAAAAUUGAGCGACUUCGCUAUGGGCCGCUUCCUCGCUCAAGACGUCCGACUGACACCCGAGAACCCUCGCGACAGAGAGCGUUCGCUUCGGGAGAGUCAACGAUUACCGUACAAGGCUCCAGAGUUGCUGCUGCUCCGCGAGCAGCAACAGCAGCAGUACCAGCAGUACGGGUAUGAGGUGGAUGUGUGGUCUGCUGCUGUUGUCUUCUUUGAGUUGGUUACAUGUGAACCUCCCUUUUGCUGCAGCAGCGAACUCGUGCAUUUUAUCGAGUGCUGCCGCCUUGUAGGAACUCCUGUAACAAAGCAGCAGUGGAUGCAUAUCCUUGGCCCCCUGCAGCAACAGCAGCAGCAGCAGCAGCCAAUGAUUCUGCAGGGUGAUGAGGAAAGAGAAAUCUUGGAGGAGAAGGCUGCUGCGGCAGUCUACCCGAUGAUGUGGCUCGAGAUGCUGCCUCUAUGGCCAGCCCCUCGUUGGCAGCAAAUGCUGCAUCAACUGCAGCAUGAGGAGCAGCAGCUGCUGCAGCAAUGGGGAGCCUCCAUCAGCAACUAUGGGACUCCAGGCGAAAAGCAGCAACUGCAACAGCUGCAGCAGCUGCUGCGAUUGGUACAGGAGGCUCAGCUCAAAGUGGUGGAGAAGCGACACUGCAGCAGCAGCAGCACCUCGCCCUCGCACCCUGCUCCUGCAUCUCCAUUACCAGCGGCAGCACCGACAGCAGCAACAGCAGCAACAACAGCAUCAGCAACAGGGCUGAGGGAGGAGGAGGCUACAGAAUCGGAGAAAACUUUGCUGAACUUCGGGAGGUUGAUUGGCUCUGGGCCGUUGCUGCUGCUGCAGCAAACCCUGACAAUCGACAGAACACAACGGCUGCCAGCAGUACGGAAGCUGAUGCUUUUUCUGUUGUUGCUGUGGGAAUUCAUUGCUGCUGCUGCUAAUGUUGAACAGACAGUGCUCUGGAGCUGCUGCAGCACUGCAUAG